AUGUGUGUCUUCUCCCAACAUCCUAGAUGCGACAACAUCCAGGAAAUAGCGAUGGCAGCAAAACAUUCGAAAGAUGAUGAAAGGAAAAAUAUACGCACAUCCAUUAUAACUGCAUCAGAAGUCAUCAUGAAAUGCAAAGAUGAUCAAAUGAACAACGUUUCGAGAGCGGAAGAACUAGUAAAAGAAGUUGAUGAUUUCAAUCAAACCUUAUUAAAGAAAAUUGAGAAAGCUAAGGAGAGAUUUGUCAGGGAAAUGACUGACUGUAUCAAACAGGAAGAAGAACGUCUAAAUACGAGGAGAAUUACGGCUGAAACCUUGAAGAAAGAACUUGACAAGCUUUUGGCAAUGUUAGAUAGCGUUCACGGGAAUGGAAAGGAAUCGGAAAUAUUCAUUCUAAACCACAUUCUAAAAAUGACGCAAGACAAUGCAUUACAAACACUGAACACUUUAUUGGAUAAUGAUUACACCGUCAAUAUGGGACUUAAACUCGACAAAAACCUUUCAAAAAUAAAAACUACUGAUGUCGCAAUAUUUUCACGAAAGAAAACACAAGAGCCAAAACCAAUAUCAUUAAAUGGAGACACUACAAGCGUAAACAAUGUUCACCAAAGGCCGACGCUAACGCUGUUGAAGACCAUGGACCUCAUGAAGACAGGGGACGACAAGUAUCAGCCGUAUAUGACUGGGAUGGACUUCCUGCCGGACGGGAGGAUCAUCGCCGUUGAUAACUGUAACUGGAAAUGCUUCAUCUUGAGUGACUCACUAAAGAGAUUCGACGCUUUUUAUAAAUUUAAGAACUAUCCUAGGGACGUAACCUCUUACUCUGAUGACAAUAUUGCAGUGACUGUAAAUGACCGAACCAUCUGCCUUCUGACAGUUGGAAUUGACAACACAAUCACACCGAUGAAGACACUGAACAUGGCCACCUACUGCGACUCUAUCUGUCCUCUGAACAACCAUACUUUCGUAGUGAGCACCUGUGAUGAUCCACUGCCUGCAAAGAUGAUCAACGUGAACGGCCAGAGGAGCGACUUUGAGAAUGUUAGGUUUCCUUUGAAGACGUAUAAGAUUGACGAAAGCAAAUGUGCCUACAUACCAUCCCGGGACUUGCUUGUUUUUACGGACAGAUAUGCUAACACAGUUUACACGUUCAACACUGUGACCGGCAAAAUCACUGAGAUCACAGAUAGCCGAAUAAGGGAACCGAGAGGUGUCAGUGUUGGGCCCGAUGAUUCCGUGUACGUCUGCAGUGAGAACACAAACACCAUCAUCAAGAUAUCGCCCGGCGGAGACAUAUUGGAGUCAUAUGACGUCGACAUGAGGUACCCGCGCAGUGUAGCCGUCUCUAGGGACGGCUCCAGAAUGGCCGUGACCAACAUUGGAAUUGGUUGGACAAAUCUAAAACUGUUUAGAAUAAUACACUGA